CGGCGACGGCCUAUGCGAUGCGUGAUUCGAUUCUCUCCAGCAACGGCCACCGCGACACGGCUCGCCACAACAACCACGACGUCGACAUCAGUCGCAAUUAAGUCAUCAGUGGAAUUAGCAGCCUCAGUUGAACUUCCUUGACUUGUUCGCCCCGGUUGGUUUGAUUUAGGAACUAACAGAAGUAAUUUUCCGGUUUUCGGUACGUCUGUCGGUAAAUUCUCGGUUCGUCGCCAGAAUGUCUCACCGUGAGAUGGAAUUCGAAGAGUUACUCUUCUACGUGGUGGAGCUCAAGGACAAAUUGAACGCCAAGCUCGAUGCCCAAACGGCCAAAAUCAAUAACCAGGGCACGAUCAUCAAUCAGCAGGGUCAAAUAGUGGACGAACUUUGCUGGCAACUGCGAGAGCUCAGUGAAAAAAUGCGAGAACUACGGGUGGAAAACCGUCGCCUGCAGGAUCGGUUGGGUCGAAUAUGUCCGGAAUGCGCGGGAUGCCACUGUGGAACCUAUACCAAUCACAUCGCCGACAAGUACAACGAGAUGGUGGUUGACGAUGGCAAACGAACGAAAUCGCAAAGUGAUGACAAAAGUGUGAAAUCAGUUGACCAAGGUCACCCACUUCAGCCGGAGCUACGCCGGCAAACGUUCACCAAGAUCGAUGGAUAUACACAAGUGGAUAAGAAACGGGAAGGUACCACUAAAAAGAAGUGGCUCUUCGGAGCCUCGGACAAAAAAGAGUCACUCCCCCAGGUCACAUCAUCCCCCGUGUCCGUGGCCAGCAGCAAGACAACUUGGUACAUAGACGACGAAAGCAUUUACGAACCGAUCGAACUAUCCGCCAAGCCGACAACCCGCGCCACUCUGGAGAAAAUCAGCGCCGAGGUUUCGUCGAGUGCUCCCAAAGCGGCACCUCGGCGACUCUACACGGCCCCAGCGAUGGACAACCUGGCCCAGUAUUUCGGCGAUGACGCCAGCUUGGGUGACGAUAUUCAGCUGGAAGAAAUCGAAGAGGAGCAGGACGAGGUGCCAUAUGCCGAUGUUAUGCUGCGGCCCAGCAAUGUGAAGCAGUUUGGACCGGAAUCGCAGCGAGGCAGCAGCAAGGUGGCGUGCAGUCGCAUCGCGGACCUGGACCUUUCGUACCUUCCGGAAGAGCAGAGCAUCUCUAGCGAAAACCUUGUCCGCUUCACCUUUAGCAGUCGGCCUGCAACCACCUUACCCACUACAACCAAUGACGGCAGUUCUUCACCAAAGGACAAUCGACGACACGCCAUCCGUUCGUAUAUGUGAUGUAACUAUUCAGUAUAGAGACCAUGUUUUCCGCAGAGAACACUCAGUGCCACACCGCUAGCCAAACAUAUCAUCUAUUCGACUUUUAACCGAAUUCUGCACCUGUCGAGGCACGGGCAAAUCGUCCGCGUCAAAGUGGAACAGCCACCCGCGCGAAGGACCGCCCGGGCAGGAUGGAUGGCGGCGGACGGCAGAUACAUCGGGAUUUAUCGAGGUCAACAGCUUUUCAUGUCGGUACAUAGCAUUUUGUAAGGAUGCCUCCCGUCCGUCCGCGGAAAUGGUUGAGAAUGGAGAAGCGCGAACGAACAAAUUGGAACGGAAAAAGUAUGUCAUAGUGAAUGGAAGAGUGUCAGCGUUGCAUAAUGAAAGCGAACGGCGGAUGGGGGAUAAUCCUGAACCGCUUUUGCGUAGCAAGUAAAACAUAAGUAGAUUAAGUUAUAUGUACAAGUAGAUUCAACAUCAGCAAGGACGAAAAACAAAUGAACCGGCAGCAGCACCAAAUGUAUACUCAUUAAAUGAAGAAUUUAACACCUCCAACUAAAAUGAGAUUCUGAUUUACGCUUGAUGACGACACCUUGCAAACACCUUGAUCACAAAGUUCGCAUCUCUCAUCAGAAUUUGAAAACAACAAGGCAGUAGAUAAUUAAUAUGCAAAGCGACGUGGCAUUCAGUUUAGCGGAGUGUUGCU